AUCACAGAUUGAAUGUUAUUUAUAGGUCUAUGAAUCAUAUAAAUUCUUGAAAUAAUUUGAAAGUAAAAAUUGUAAGUUUCAUUCUCACACUUUUUAUGAAAUAAUAAGUUUAUUGAACUCUUUUCUAAUUUCUUUGUAUCAUCAUUCCACGAAAGACAUCACAACUUUUUAUUCUUAGGAUUCUUUAGAAGUUGGUUUUUGAAAGAGUAAUAAUAACAAUCAAUUUAUGCUUCAAGAUGAAGACUAAUGAUCAAACGGAUAAAACAAUUGAGUGUCCAGAAUAUAUUGAGAACUUCGAGACCCUUCCAGCAAAAAUAGAGGAUGUUGACAUUUCCGAACAAUUUAUUGAUGAGAAUGCAGUUCAUGAAAGACAAGAAUACUUGAAAAAUGACUUGGAACAUUUCAAUUUGAAAGGUGAUAAGUGUCACCUGUGUGAUUAUAUUUCGAAUGGUAAACUUCAACUGAAACGACAUAUAAAUUCUAUUCAUUUAAAAUUGAAAGAACAUAAAUGUCAUCUGUGUGAUUAUGCUACAAAUCAGAAAGUUAAUCUUGAGAGACAUAUAGAUUCUGUUCAUUUGUGUUUGAAGGAACAUAAGUGCCACCUGUGUGAUUAUGCUGCAAAUCGAAAAAUGGCAUUAAAAAAACAUAUAAAAUCAAGUCAUUUUAAUUUGAAAAAACAUGAGUGUCACCUGUGUGAUUAUGGUACAAACGUGAAACUUGAUCUUGAAAAACAUAUAAAGUCUGUUCAUUUGAAUUUGAGAGAACACAAGUGCCACAUGUGUAAUUAUGCAGCAAAUCAGAAAUUCAAUCUCAAACAACAUAUAGAUUCAGUUCAUUUAAAAUUGAAGGAACAUAAAUGUCACUGUUGUCAUUAUGCUACAAAUGUGAAACUUGAUCUUGAACAACAUAUAAAGUCUGUUCAUUUAAAAUUGAAGGAACAUAAAUGUGAAUUGUGUGAUUAUGCUACAAAUAAGAAACUUAAUCUCAAGAGACAUAUAGAUUCAGUCCAUUUAAAUUUGAAGAAACAUAAAUGUGACUGGUGUGAUUAUGCUGCAAAUCAGAAAACGGCAUUGAAACAACAUAUAGAUUCGAAUCAUUUGAAUUUGAAAAAACAUAAGUGUGAUAUAUGUGAUUAUGCUACAAAUGUGAAACUUGAUCUUGAAAAUCAUAUAAAAUCUGUUCAUUUGAAUUUGAGAGAACACAAGUGCCACAUGUGUAAUUAUGCAGCAAAUCAGAAAUUCAAUCUCAAACAACAUAUAGAUUCAGUUCAUUUAAAAUUGAAGGAACAUAAAUGUCACUCAUGUGAUUAUGCUACAAAUAAGACACUAAAUCUCAAGAGACAUAUAGAUUCUGUUCAUCUGAAUUUGAGAGCGUACAAGUGCCACAUGUGUAAUUAUGCAGCAAAACAGAAAGUUUAUCUUAAACAACAUAUAGAUUCUGUUCAUUUAAAAUUGAAGCAACAUAAAUGUGACCGGUGUGAUUAUGCUACAAAUUAUAAAAUGUUACUAAAACAACAUAUAGAUUCGGUUCAUUUUAAUUUGAAGGAACAAUAAGUGUUACCAGUGUGAUUAUGCUAGAAGUCAUAAAGUUAACCUCAACAACAUAUAGAUUUAGUUCAUUUAGAUUUGAAGAAACAAAUGUCACAUAAGUGAUUAUGCUACAAAUUAUAAAUAUUCACUCAAAAAACAUAUAGAUUAAGUUCACUGAAAUUUGAAUGAAUAUAAGUGCCAAAUUUGUGUUAAAUUAUCUAUGAGAGUAAGGUACUGAUCAGAAAUUUAAUCAUAAUUGUCGAUAUGGGUUUAAGCUAUCAAUCGGCAAUGUAAUCUCAAAAGCCAUAAAUUCAGUUAAUUUAAAUUUAACGGAUACUUUGAAAGAAUAUUACAUGCAGAACGAAUCAAACAAUAUAUAAUUCUAUUUUUGAAAGUAUCACGACAUAUAAUGUAGAGAUGUGGUAGACAAAGAGACGGUUUGUUGGCGAUAGAGAUGUAUUCUGCUCAUGAGCAGAACAUCAACAAGCUAAAAUAUAUUCUCCAAUUUGCUGAUAACACAACUUUAAUAUCCCAUCACAAAACACUGAAAGAAUAGAUGAAACGACUACAGAAGUUGGCAGAUGACACAGUGGCAUGAAUGAAUUGUUGGAGAAUACAACCCAACCCAACAAAAUCAAAACUCAUCAUUUUCAAUCAUAAAAUCAAUGCCAACUCUCCCAAUAUAUAACUUGGAAGUGACACAAUUAUUCCAGCAGGCCUGGGCAUAAAGAUUGACAACAAGUUGAACUUCAGAGCACACAUCUCUCAUCUAUAUGAACAUGGGAAUCAGAAGUAAAACAGCUAGUACGAUAUAUAAAAUGAUAUGCAAACCUCUAUUGCACUAUGACAUACAAUAUUCACAAAUUCAACAAAAACAGCUCUGAAUACAAUUAAAGUAGCGGAAAGAACUUGCUUAUGAAAAAUUACAAAACUAAGACAUUCCAGCAACCCACUCUACAACCCACCAAUCUGACAACGGAAAUAAAACCAAUACUGGAAAGAAUGCAAAAACUCAGUUAAAAUUAUAUCACAAUCAAAAUAAUAUCAACAUAAUGGAGCCAUUGAUACACCACUACAAUAGAGCAACUACACCAAAGGCAAAGUUGCCACUUGAAAUCACUAGAAUAAUAGUUAUUUGUUUAAAUAUUCUAAUAAUUUCUUAUUGAAUAUGUAAUAUAAAAUUGUAUAUAACUGGCUGGAAGACUGCGGUCGAUAACAAUUUGAUUGCAAGAUCAAUAAAUUUAGUUUCUCUCA